AUGCACUCUGCUUGGCAAUGCAGAUCCCCGCUGUGCGUGCCAAAUGAGAGCAGUUCAGAAAUCUCAGGAGAGCAUGUGCAGUUUUCAGAUUCAGGGAUAAGCACCGAGCCAUUGAUUCAGUAUACUGAGAGCCCCACAAAAAAUAUUUCCAGACAAGAUGCUCAAGAAGAGAACAGAAAAGAAAACAAAGAUAACAGUCAAUUAAAAGAAAGGAGUUUCCCUGAAACAUUUUCUGCUGUCAAAGAAGAACAAAGAGAAAUAAAGGAGGAGAUUAUUCCAUCUCCCUUUGACAUAGAGGGGAAGAUGAAGACUGGAAACAUAGAAGACAGGCCAAUCACACUACCCAUUGGUAUUAGACAGAAGACUUCUGAAGAAUUUGUUGAAGAACAACUUAAAGUAGAUAAUCAUCUCAUAGAAAAACAGCAGAAGGAGCAGCAGAGCAAGGUGAAAUUAACACCUCAGAAAGCUUUUCUGAAACGAAAAGAAGGUAUGGCAAGACUCAAAAAAAAUAAACAGAACCCUUUCAAAGAAGACAGCAAGCAUUCUCGAAGAGCUGGUUUGGACUGUUGGAGUCAUUUCUCCCAGCCUGGCCAAGUGGAUGCAGGCAUAAUGAAGCCAGGGGAAUUCUCUGAGUUAAAUCUCCAGGUCAGUAGUUCCAUGCAGAUGGGUACACAUGAAAAAAAAGCAGACUGUGCUUUAGCUAAGUGGGAGAUAGAGACUCAAACUGACUGUGAAGCAAAAGUAGUUGACCAAAGUGCAGAAGAAAAAGAAGUGAUUGGGAGAGAUAAAGAUGUAAAGGAAAAUCCUGUUGACUCACCACAGAGAAGGUGGCCUGAAAUCCUGCAACCAUGUCCUGAAAAAAUAACAGAAAUGAACCUACAAGAAGCUGAGGAAAGGGAAACUCAUCAUAUGGAUUCUCCAGGGCAAGGAGGCAGAACUGGUGGAAGACCUGUGGAGGGUACUCCGCAAAAAGACCUUGGUAGGGUAGAGCAGCCUCUGAAGGGUCAUCUCAUACAGAGAGCAAAAUCCCCCUUGGAAGUCCUGCAAAAUCAUUCUCCACUUCAGGAUUUAGAAACAGAUCACAUCAAGGAGGCAGGGUGGAGUGCAGGCCCUGCGUUCAGACAGGGUCAGAAGUGGGUUCAGGUAUGGCCACAGGAACUUGUUCUGGGGAGCCAGAGCUCAGAAAGCAAAAGACACAUCCAUACUAGGUUUAAAAUGGUCAAUGAUAAGAUAGUAAAAAUUACAUGUAGCUCACCUAAGGCUGUGGAGAAGGGAAGCUCAUCCUCAGCUUUGCAGCAGGAGUGGCAAAGGAAAGGGACAGCUACCUCAACAUGGCAUGUUGCAUCUUUAUCCUGUGAGUCAAGCUGCUUAUCCUCCAACAGUGAUGAUGACCCCAAACCUCACCAUGCUCAGUAUCCCUCCCAGCAUGGGCCUCAGGGAGUAGAUCAUAUUGACAGACAUCUGGAUCUUUCUGAUGGUGAUUAUGCUAGUGAUGAGCCCAGUGGAACUGAAAAAAUGUCUGCUAAAAAGUACAGCAGAUCGCCCCCAAGGAAGAAAGAUAGUCAAGCGAUCUCAAGACAGAAAGGUCUCCACUGCAGCACAAGCAGUAGUGAUUCCAGUACUGGGGUUGUCAGGCUGAAAGGGAGCAAGGUUCAUCUCACAAGAUUGAAAAGAAGAGAGCAAGAGCUGGAAUCAAAGAAUGAAGAUGAGGUCAGGGAUGUUAAAAGCCUACAUCUGCCAUCCUCAACAGUGGCUGGGGAGACUCCUGCUUUCAAGAUUAAAGAAACCCCUGCAGUGGAAGAACCAUGGAAAAAACUGUUUACAGACACAUUAGAUUUCUUUAUAGAAGAAACCCAGAACAUCCUUACCAGAGGAUUAGAGACUGAUGUACACUGCCAAGGAACCCCUUCACUGACUAGGGUGAAAGCAGAACAAGAGAAAGCAAUGCAUUUUCACAGAAUACGAAUGGACCAGCUCAAGACUGCCCGAAGCCAGGAGCUAACUCACCCUUUGGAAUACAACAGACACCAAAUUCACCCACUGCAGAAAGAAAAAAUUGCCCAUAGCAGGUUCAAAGGAACAGCUGGAGUCACUGCAGAAAAAGUGAAAUCAGAAGAAAUACAAAUACUAAAACAUCAGAUUGCUGGACUGCAGGAGGAGUUCAAGAGAAAUGAGUCCUGCUGGCAUGCUGCCUACAGCAAGCUGAGAGACCAAGUUGAGAUGCUGACCAGGCAGAACAUGGAGCUUCAAGAUGAGCUCAGAGUUUCAGAACAUCAGAGACGAAAAGCAGAAAACCCCCCAGAAGCUGUGAAUUUCAUGGACAGAAAAUCAAAGACCCCGGUUGCAGAAGCUAUUCUGCGAGAGACAGCAUCUUCAUCCAAACAAGAAGAAAGAUCAUGGAGAAAUAAUCACAAGACCCACAACAUCUCUCAUGUGGGACCAAAGACAUCUUCGCAAAACCACUUCUUUAGAGAUGUGAAUAGCAAAGCAAUAAAAAGCUCUGUGCAAAGGGCUGAUCCCUUGAGAUUGGUGACAAAGGAACAUCAAGAAAAGAAAAUCUCUAACAGCUCCCUUGGCAGAAGCACAACACCAACUGGCAGAAGAACACCCCACCAGGGAAGACUGACACCUUUUGAACCAGAAGAAGUUGUACAUGAACCCUCUCCUAUGGGGAGAAGAACAGAUGAUAGGAAAUCACCUGGAGCUGUUUCACAUCUGAGUGCUGGUUUUAAGGACCCUAACUCAUCUUCCUAUGUAAAAGGCAGGUCUUUGCCCAUUUCAGGUAGCUCAGAAGACAUGCCCCUCUCACAUAACCACAGCAAUUACACUUGCAGCUUUGCAUUCUGCAGUAACAAUGAAGAAAUAGAGGAAGAAGAGACUCUUGAUCUUAAAAAGACAGAAAAGUUGCUAAAACCUCAGAAUAAAGUGGCUUUUGUGACCACACACAGGAGAAGUGGCAUAACUUCAUAUGACAACAAAGUAUCUACAGACAGUUCUGCAUUUCUGGAUGCUGAAGCAAAGCCUCCAAAAUCAGUAUUAUCUAGAAGUCCAAUGUUACAUCAAGAAAGAAGAAAAAGUGAGGACGAGGUGCAGGAAAAAAUAGAGUAUCAUGAUGGAAAGGUAGAAGAGGUGCUUACUGAUGGACGUCGAAUCAUCACUUUCCGCAAUGGUACUAAAAAAGAGAUCAGUGCUGAUAAAAGGAUGACAAUGAUUAGCUUUUUCAAUGGAGAUAUAAAGAAGAUCAUGCCAGAUCAGCGAGUGAUUUAUUAUUAUGCAGAUGCAAAGACAACCCACACUGCUUAUCCAGAUGGCCUGGAGGUGUUGCAGUUCCCUAAUAAUCAGAUAGAAAAACAUUAUCCUGACGGCACAAAAGAAAUUGUGUUCCCAGAUCACACAGUGAAAUGUCUCUACAGUGACGGACUUAAGGAAACUUUUUUCCCAGAUGGUACAGUAGUAAAAGUAGAAAAGAAUGGAGAUAAAAUAGUGGUAUUCAGUAAUGGCCAAAAGGACAUUCACACUGUGCAGUUCAAGAGGCGGGAGUACCCAGAUGGCACUGUAAAAACUGUGUACUGCAAUGGCAGACAGGAAACCAAGUACUCAACUGGACGAAUUCGAAUCAAAGAUAAAGAGGGUAACAUCAUCCUAGAUAAGAAGUGACUCCUCUCCUCAAAGGGCUGAACCUUUCCAGUGGGUCAGUCUAUCAGCAAAUCACCAUGCAAAUUACAGAGCAUCUUUGGAAG